AAGUUUGCUUUCUUUAUUAGAUGGUGAAAUUAUACGUAUAUUUAAAAAUUUCGUCAAAAUAAAUUAUUUUUUUAAAAUGGGUUUUAUUUCUAAGUGGUUCAGAAUCUUUGUUCUUUGUGAUUGUGGUUUGAGGUGAGGAGAUGAUGGUAAGCACCAAAAGUUGGGGUUCGGUGUGUGAAGAAUUCACAGUUCUUUUUGGCAAAAAGCAGAUUUAUUUGAGGAACAGAUUCCAGACAAAAUGAAUUCAAAAGGAAGCCAUGAGUUUGGGACCUAUUUUUAGUUGCAGGUUAAAUCCUGAGAAGGACUUAGCACAUUGAAAAAGUGAGUUAGCUAUAACUGGGGUUGGUAAGCAUAUUGGAGUUAGGACAGAUACCACAUGCCAUGAGUCAGGUGGUAAGGAGAAAGUCACCAAGAGGCGGAGUGCCACAGUAAACUGACCGGAGGAAGGCAGCAGCUAUGGAAUGGCCAAUAAGAUUUUUCAAAGAAAAUUUAACUUCAGGGAUAUGACUCUGCUUCCUGACUGGAUCUGGCCAGGUGACUCUGCCUGAGACCUAUUGCAAGGGUGGGUCUCAGGAAUUUGACAUAACUUGGAUUACUGAUCUUCCAAAGGGUCGGACCUUGGAGCUAAACUGAUCUCUAUCUGUACCUUCUCCCUGCCAGCCUCAGGGAUUAAUUUUUAUCAAUUCCUCUGCUAACCACGCCUAACAUUGAAGACCUUAUCCUUUCUGAUAUCCUAAUGGGUGUGAGCAAGUUAGAUGUUUUUUACCGAAGGCUACUCCUCACUAAGCUUUUCAUCAGAGGAUGGGGAAGACCUGAAGAUCUGAAACGAUUAUUUGAAUUCAGAAAGAUAAUUGGUAAUCGGGAAAAAUGCCAGAAUAUGGUUUCGAGAGAUUAUCCAGUAUACAUUGACAAGAUUGAAGAAGAAACUGACUGUAAGAUACUUGAAGGACAUUUUGUUUCUCCUAUGGCUCAUUAUGUUCCUGAUCUUAUGCCAAUUGAAUCUGUUAUUGCUAGGUUUCAAUUCAUUGUACCUAAAGAAUGGAACAGCAAAUACAGACCAGUGUGCAUUCAUCUUGCUGGAACAGGAGAUCAUUAUUAUUGGAGACGACGAACACUUAUGGCCCGCCCAAUGAUCAAAGAAGCAUGUAUGGCUUCUUUGUUGUUAGAAAACCCUUAUUAUGGCUGUAGAAAACCCAAAGAUCAAGUAAGGUCAAGCUUGAAAAAUGUGUCUGACCUCUUUGUGAUGGGAGGGGCUCUUGUUCUAGAGUCUGCAGCUCUCUUGCAUUGGCUAGAGAGGGAGGGUUAUGGACCUCUGGGGAUGACUGGAAUAUCCAUGGGAGGACAUAUGGCUUCAUUAGCUGUAACCAAUUGGCCUAAACCUUUACCAUUAAUUCCAUGUCUUUCUUGGUCAACUGCUUCUGGAGUCUUUACAACGGGUGUGCUAAGUAAAUCAAUUAAUUGGAGGGAGUUGGAGAAACAAUACUAUACACAGACAGUUUAUGAAGAAGAAAUUGUUCACAUGCUUGAAUAUUGUGGGACAGAUUCUUUUAAAAUGGGACGAGAUUUUGUGAAACAUUUCCCUAAUAGUGUGGACAACCUGACUAAUUUUGAUCUGGCUUCCAGAACUUUAAACCUAGAUAUUAGUGAAUCAUUAUGCAUGAAAUCUGCUCAGUGUCACAACACUGAUAAAUCCUCUAUCAGUGCCACAUCAGAAGGUCUUGUGUUACAAGGUGUUUCUAAGCUUGAGUCCCUGAGUCAGACACUGUCCACUAAGGAAAGCAGGGAUGGGAGCUCCAUGAAUCAUUCAGAUCAAUUCAGUGAAGAAAAAAGCAAAGAAGAAAAAAGAAGGAGCACAUUACAAAAGGAAUCUUUAAUGUUUAUGAAAGGUGUCAUGGAUGAAUGUACCCAUGUAGCAAAUUUCUCAGUCCCAGUUGAUCCAAGUCUGAUUAUAGUGGUUCAAGCCAAAGAAGAUGCCUAUAUUCCACGAACAGGAGUUCGAAGCCUUCAAGAAAUUUGGCCUGGAUGCGAAAUUCGAUACCUAGAAGGGGGACAUAUUAGUGCUUACCUUUUCAAACAAGGACUUUUCAGGCAAGCCAUUUAUGAUGCAUUUGAACGUUUUCUUCAUAAAUAUGCUUACUGAGCAUAACUGGAAUGAUUACCAUGUUUAAGGAUCUUAUACCAGGAAUUUUCAUCCAGUAUUCUUUGGUGUGAAGAAUCAACAAACUAUACCAUCUGUAAAUUAUGAAGUUAAGCAGCAUUUCCAUUUUUACAUGUUUUUAAUAUAUUUGAAUCAUUUUUAAUGGAAAACUUGCUAAAAAUUAACAAAUACAAAUAGCUUUCUUUAGUGUUUAUAUAAGUUUAAUUCUGAUUAAAUGAAUUAAUUCAUAGGAUAUCCAGUUACAAUUAUAAACAGAACAAAUGAAAUUAAAAUUUUCAAAUUAAUACUCCUGUUUAUUGUAUAAAUUUUCAAAAAAAGCAUUUGAAUUCAUCUUUUGUCCUAUGUUAAAGCUAGUAAAUUCGUUUUUAGGAUUUUUAUCUUUGAACAAUAUCUGUGACUUGUCAAAAACACCUUCAAAUUCCAUAAGAAGUUGAAUCUCAGUUAAUAGUGUUUUAAUACACAGAAACUUAAGCCAAUAUGGGAAGAAAAAAGUCAGAUAAUGUCUCCACCCUUAGAUUUCAACCACAUAUUUUUUCAGAUGUCACCCUGAUAAUGACGAUUAUUGAACCUUUCCCUACUCCAAACCUUAGGAAGGUAAUAGGAAAUUUGGUACAAUAUCUGUAUUUUAUCCUCAUAUACUGUGACAUUGGUAUUUUCUUUUAUUGAAUGACUUUUUAGUUGUUGCCAAAUAUUUUAACUAUUUAAUAUAUAAUUAGCUGAAAAACUACUUGAUUUCCACAAUGCCUAUAAUUUAAGCCAAAUUUUCACAUUAAACUUUAUUUUUCAUGUUGUGGUUUUACAAUUUCAAACUUUUAAUUGUCAUGAAAAGUUCAGAGUUUGAAUUUUAAUGUAGUUUUAUGAUCAAUGUGAUCAAAACAGUAACUUUUUUAAAUUGUAGAAGAAAUGGUUCCUAAUGUAAGUACUCAUGUAAUGUACAUAGUUUUGAGUUUAAUAAAUAUAAAACUAGACUAGAGAACUUCUAAGAAAUAUUGUUUAGUUUUGGGGAUAUUUAGGAAAUUUCAUAAUUUCCUAGGAGUUGUCUUUGUUUUGGAAUUUUUAAAACAAGAGCUCUCAGCCUUGCAAGAAUAUUUGAAUGACUAUGUGCCUUUACAAUUUAAAAAUAUCUUCAUUUUGAAUUCUACAAAAUGCCAAUAAACAAGUAUAAAAUUACUUUGAAAACUUAAUUACCAGUGACUUUUUAGGAAAAAACUGGAGUUUGCCCUACUACAGCAGUGUUAAUUAUAGUUCUUCCACAGAGAUAUCUUUUGGAGAUAAUGUGGUAUUUACUAUCUCAUGGUUAUCAUUAUUAUUAUCUUGUUUUUCCAUCUAGUGUUACCCAGUAAUUGAGUUCUUUUAUUCAGUAGCUUUUAAAAAUUCUUUCUGAGUGCUAAAAUUAUUUUGCUUCAUUUCCUCAUUUGAUUUAUAAUCUCUUUUUUAAAAGAUCUCUCUGGGCGCUAUAUAAAUACAUUACUUUUUUAGACAGUGUUAAUGGGAUUUUUUACUUGAAAAAAACAUUAAGCUGAAGUUAUAAAAACAUUCCCCUAUUUAUAACUAGACAAAUGAAUGCAAAGAAAUCAGUGUUAACUUUUAUGUUUUAUUUAACCAUGGAAGUCUUGGCUUGUCUUUUUCUCCCACCAUGCCAUUUUAUCUUGUCUACAAUGAUGAUCAUCUUUGUAAAUAAUAUAGUACUAGAAAUUCACAUUUAGACUGUUCUUAAAGAAAAGUUUCCUGUGUUUCAUGAUUAUUUAUUAGGGAAUAGAUCUUUUUUAAUGUAUAUAGUUUCCAAUUAUUUCAUAUUCAUGAAAUUUUAAAAUUUGGUACAUUCUUAUUUGGAAUAUGAAUUUCAUACUGUAACUUUCAAAUUGAUAUGAUUUUCUUAACUGUUUAUACUGUAUAAUAAAAGUAUUUCAAAGUGGU